CUAUCGCAGCCCCCUUUCUGUGCGGAUGCGCAUGUGCGCGAGGCAAUCGCGCGCGCUUGCAGCCAUUUUUGUUCCAAGGCGGUUAUCGGAGCGCGGUGCUGCGAGCGACUGGAAUUCCACACCGCGGGCUGGAGGAGUCGCAACAAUGGCUGCCGGGGGCUGGCUGCCCUGGCAGCCAGCCGCGGACGCCGUGCCGCCCUGGCCGCCGGCCGCACCAGCGGGGGCUGCUGCGGCGGCGGCGGCUACGGGGGCCGCGACGUGGGGCCCGCUGGCCGAGUGGGCGCCGUCGACGCUGGGCCCGCCCUGGGGCGGCGGCCUGCACGGCGGCAUCGGCGGCGGCGCCGCCCCCGCCGCGGCGCUGUUCGUGGCCACGGCGGCCUGCCAUGGGGCUAUCUUGGGCGCCGUGCGGCUCCGGGGGCUGCCGUUCGCCAGCUGCACCGAGCAGGAUGUGCUGGCGUUUUUUGCUCAGAACGGCAUCGUGGAGUGCAUCGUCGACUGUGAGAAUGCAGUCUCGCUGGGGACGCGGAGCCAAGGGCGGCCGAGUGGCCAUGCGGACGUGUUGAUGCGCAGCCCUUGGGACGCGCAGGUCGCUCAGCAGGCGCUUGACGGCAAGUGGAUGGGAAACCGCUACAUCGAGGUCUUCGUUCUCCUCGCCGACUUCGAUGGCAGAUGGCAAGUCGCCGCCACAUCGAUGGCAAAGAGAGGUGACGCCGCGCCGUCGAUGGACAGCCCUGGGCUUGGCAAGGAUGGCCGCUACAUUGAGGCCGGCAUCAAGCGUUUCGGAUGCACCAUUUGGUCGGUACCGUAUCUGCAGGCGGAGCCCCUGGCUGGAGGCGGUAGCGGCGGCCCCCCAGCGGCGGCGCGCGGCGGCGACGCCAGCGGCGCACGCGGCGGCGUUGGCGCCGCGCUGCCGCCGCUGGCCUCCUGGCCUGGCGGCUGCGCCGCUCCGCCGCCGGUCGACGGCGGCUGCUGCGCCGUUCCGCCGCCGGUCGGCGGCGGUGGCCCCGCCGCCGGACGGCCCAUCCUCGCCGACGCCGGCAGUUCAACCGCCCCGUCGCCGUGGGCCUCCUUGUUGGGCGCGGCGCCGCCAGGAGGUGCCGGCGGCAGAGCCUUGGAGUUGUCGUGGGAGGCAAUGUUCGACUUCUUGGGGAAGGAGGCAGCCGAGGCGGCGCGCGCCGCCGUCUCGGAGGGUCCCAGCCGGGGCGCGCAGUGAGGCCCGUGCGGCUCUCGCGCGGGCCGCGGGCCCGCGCCACUCGCCCGCGGGCCGCGGGGCUUGCGCGCGCAUGCCAUCCGUGAUGGGCGAGGAACCACAUUAUGUGCAUAUGUGUAUGCUGUAUGUGUGUAUACAGACUUUUCCGUUGUGCCCCAAUUUGUUUCGGCGCGCCCCGCCCCUAGACCGAUCAGCGCCUAACCGCUUCCGCACCCUUGCGUCCGCUGAC